CUCUUCUUCUUCACUUGUUGUAACAUCCUUUUUUUUGUUUACGUGACUCUAGUUGCGCAAAAAGGUCUUUCCAUUGCAGUUUUGCACAAUAUACCAAUUUCGCUACGUCUGACAAACCACCUCUUACAAGUUUGAAAACUUUUCAGCAAAAAAUUAGAGUUUUGGCAAAAUUAUAGUUUUUCCAUUAGGUUAAUUUUUAUGCGGAAGUUAUAUUUGCACAAUUUAUCAAUGGAAAAGUGACUAUGGUCUUUUUCUGACUUCAACAAAGUGGAGAAUUUAAUGCUUAAUACAUUUAUCACAAACAUUAAAAACCAACACCUUUGGAGAUACGUGGUUUUCACUGGUUGAAAGAUUAGUGUAUUUCUUUGUUUUUUUCAGUGCAUUUAAAGUUUUUCCUGGGUGUGGGGCUCAUAUACUGGUUCAUAGAGUAGUGGUUGAACUAAUGAGAGGAGGAGGAGAGAAAAAUCUUUACCUUUUAGCAAAGUGUUAAACAGAAGUUCCUGGUUUUAAAGUGAAGACCAAAACGAGCGUUAAACUCUUAUUAAACCAUGAAAAUCUGUCACAGUUUGAUCUUCUUCUUUCUCACACUUCAAGACGGAAACAUUGGUCUCAUCAGCGCAAAAAUCCCAGUUUUUAAAAAAACUGAAGGAGAGACAAUCAUCCUUAAAUGCCCGUUUGAGUGGUCUCUUUUUGACACAGGAAAGAAGAUUUUCUGUAGGAAUGAAUGUGAAAAGGGAGACGUACUUGUAGAGACUUCAGUUAUGUACAAGGAAACAGGAAGAUACAGCAUCAGGAAAGGAUCAUCUGAUACAGAACUCUAUGUGACCAUCAGACAACUGAAGGAGUCUGACUCUGGACUGUACCGGUGUGUUUUGGACAGGUUAGGACCAGAUGAGUACGCAGAAUUUAGGAUUAAAGUAACAAAGAAAUCUAAAGUGGACAAUGAGACUUUAAAACCAUCUUCAACUCACCAACCAUCUGUCAACGAGCGAGAGCCCACUUCUGCUUUAACUACGACUUCAGCUUCAGGUACGACUGAGCUGAGUUUCAGCUCCAGUUCAACCUCUGAGUCUGAACAUCAGCAGACGACGACAGUAGAUCCGGGUCCAGCCACAGGACUGUACGUGAGUCUGACUGUUGUCGUCAUAGUCAUCCUGGCACCUCUGUUGGUCUUCUGCAAGAAGAGGACCAACAAACCAGCAGAACUCCAUGUGGAUACAGAGUAUGAUCUGAUUACAGACGAGAGAUUGAGGGAAUUCAUGUGUCACCAACUUCACUCACCUCAGACUGGAGACUCCUCAUGUCUUUACACCUGCUGUGAGCUGGAUUUUUCUGACCAGAUCUCCUCCUGGCUCAGCAGCGCCCCCCAGAGUCAGACUACUGAAGUGGUUUAUCGUGUUACUUUACCUCAGCAGCAGCGUCACUGAGGCCGAGGUCAAACCUGGGUGUCACA